CCUCGUAGUGAGUUGCAUCUAGGUGCGGGGCGAGCGGAGGGGGCGAGAGCAGAGAAUGAACUGCGAUAGGACGCCAGUACGGGCCCGAAUAGAGACUGCCAGACAAUAAAGUGAGAUGAGCCGAGGAGAAAGCUCGGGAAGGCCCGUAACAAUUCAAAGGCAGAGGCGAGGAGGUUGCCGGAGCUCGAGACCAAGAGAACGCAUAUGAAGGCGAAGGAUGGGUUAUUCCUGCACUACGCCCUGGUCGACGUCCGACGCAGUCUCAGUGGGACACAUGUGAGACUCCCGCAUCAGACAGAGCGAGAGUAAUGAGUAGGAGGAGACUGCCAGUGCCGGGCUUGCGAGAUGGAGAGACGCGAAUCAGAACUUGAAUGUGGCACGGCAGGAUUUAGUCUCGCGCGUGCACGCCCAUAGGGUGUCGGAUGCUGGAUCCAGCCAUGCGAUUCAGAAGAUACAGCAACAGAUAACAUAUACUCACUUUACACGCACCCACUUCACGGGGUCUCGGAAAUAUGCACAACGAGCUUGACGCCGCUGACCUGUCCCAUCAGCAUCCUCUCCAGCCCCGCCUCGACCCCCGCAAGCCCGUUCGGGAGCACCUCCACUCUGUUCGGCACGAUCGCACCCGUCUCGAGCCACCCCGUCAGCCGCUUGUAGAUCGCCUCCCCGAGCUCCUUGUUCCCGGGGACGUUGUAGCUCCCCCACGCGUGCGCGAUCCGCUUGCCCUCGCCCUUCCUCUCGCUCGAGCGCGCUCUUGAUGUCCGAGGGGGGCAGCGAGCGGUCGAGCACGUCCGUCGCGCCGAGCGAGUUGAGGAACGCCGCGUUGCGGGGGGAAGACGUCGCGAUGAUGGGCGAGAAGCCUUGCAUGCGCGCGCAUUGGAUCACUGGCUAGGCGAGUCAGGCGCGGUCACGACGAGCGUACGUGGCAGAACGCACCGAACUGGCCGACGGAGGUCGACCCGCCGAGGACGAGCGCGGCCUUGCCUGCGUACUUGGUCGUCCCGCCCGCUUCCCAAGGCGGGGUGAAACGGGCAGAUUUCGCGCCGUCUUCGGAUGCCCAGAUGGGGGUGACAGCCGUCGCGAAGGCGAGGGGGACGGUGGCUGCUUGGUCGAAAGAGAUGUUGGCUGGGACCUGACGUCCGGAGACGCUGUAGUUGCUGCGUGGGAAAGCAGCCGGGUAUAAGCCAAUGGGAGCCCAGAAGACAACGCUCACUGCAGCCAGAUAUGGCCCUACGCCAGCACAAGUCGUCAUGUUUCCCCCAGACCAAGAUCCUUGGCCACCAUACACCGUCUGGGACUUCUUCCCACCACUAUACAACUGCCCCCACGAACUCGACAGGCUAGGUGCCCUCGGCGACGGCGGGAAAUGGAUAUGCGGCAUGUCCAGAAUACAGGACAAGCCUGACUGUGUCAUCUACUCAUUUGGCAUCGACUCGACGUACCUGUUCGAGGCGACGCUCCUCCAGUCCACGCGCUUCUGCCAGGUCUGGAUAUACGACUCGACCAAGGGCGCCGGCGCCGAGGGCCACAUCCCGCGCGCGCUGCGGCACAGGGCGCACUUUGGGAAGCUCGCGCUCGGCGCGAGCGACAGGCACGGCGCGGGCGACGAGCCCAAGACGUGGACGCUCAAGAGCCUCAUGGCCGAGAACGGUCACUCACACAUCGACUUCCUCCGGCUCGACGUCGAGGGCUGGGAGUGGGAGACGUUCCGCGGCAUCGUGCGCGACUUCACCAUGGAGCGCGGCAACCCCGGCGGCGGCGGGCCGCACGCGCCCAACAACGACAACGCGACGAGCGGGUGGGGCGUCGCGGAGCGCGAGGGCGUCCUGCCGUUCGGGCAGCUGCAGAUCGAGCUGCACGUGUGGAACCAGCGCUUCCAGGACUUUUUGGAGUGGUGGGAGCUGCUAGAGGUUGCCGGCCUGCGGCCGUUCCACAACGAGAUCAACUUGGUGUACGCGAACUACAACCGGCAUAGCGGGGUCGAGCUCGCGGAGUACUCAUUCAUCAAUAUCCGCGGGGAGAACGCGUUCAUCAAGGACUACGUCCCCGUCUUGCCCGAGACGACUCCCCCGCGCGGCCCCGGGAUAGGGCCGGAGCGACGAUGACGGCCGGCUGACCGUGGACCGUGCGCGGGGAUCGUGCUUCGCUAUGACAGGAUCGGAAACGGAAUUGGGACGGGGAGGAGGGGAGGGCCGCGCUAGAGCUCGAGGCUGGGGGUGUUAUAUCAUACCGAGAUCAACGUAUACCAUGCAUAUAUCGU